UUGACCAGGACGGGUGUGACCGAACGUUGCUCCCGUUGUUUUCGUCGAGAUGAAGCUGCUGCUGAUCGCGCUUGUCGCGCUAUCGUCGAUUGAGAAGGUGUUGAGUGUUAAUUGUUCAAUCAAAAGGUUCGAGUACGCGACGGGCAUCCUGGAAGAGUUUUGUGUGUUGAAUGACCUGAGGACGGAUGUGGCUACAGCGGGAAACAAGCUAACAGAUCCAUCAAUUACCCAUGUGGCCAUCGUGAACUCAUCGGUGAAAAACUUAACAGCAGCAUUCUACGAACGAUUCCCACGGAUAGAACACUUGGUAGUGCGAGGUAGCGACCUGGAGCAGCUGCACAUCGCCGGCAACGUCCGCAUCAUCGAUGCCUCAGGAAAUAAGAUUAAAUCGGUCACCGUUCAAGGUGGUGGGGCUGUGCGGGAGUUAAACUUGCGCAACAAUCCGAUCAGAGAUAUCACUCCCAUCAGCGGCUUGGUAGGCUUGACCAAGCUGAAUCUAGGAGACACGUUGAUGGCCAAAGAGCAUGCCUUCGACUUAAGCAACCUGGCCAAUCUUACCAACCUUACCGAGAUGCAUAUCGACGGAUUGAAUCUUUACUACCUGGACAAUACAAAGAAAAAGCCCUUGCCGAAUCUACGAGUGCUUGAUUUGUCGCGAAACUCCUUCACUCCAUCGAACUUUCAACUGGAGUUGUUCCGCAGUAUGCCCAAGCUUGAGGAGCUUCUCCUGCGCCACUGUCUAUUCUCUGACCUGACCGUACACACGGAGGAGUUGCGGACAAAUUUUCCGUCCCUGAAGAAGAUCUACCUCGAAGGAAAUCAGUUACCAUGUCCCAUUUUCAGCAAUCUGCUGGAUCUACUGAACUCGAAUGGUAUUGAACCGGUACAACCAGAACAGCCCGAACAGUGUGUUCUGGGAUUCACUCUCAUCUCUCAAAUGUGCUGUGUGUUCUUUAAUCCUCCACCACCGGAAAGCACUAUUUUCGGCACAAACACCGCUAUUACCAGCACUACUACUGUUCGACCUACAAUUACAACUCAAGAACCGAAACAGUUGAGUAAGUGGGAAUGGAUUAAAAAUAAGGCUAAGGGUAUUUUUGGUUAAC